AUGCAGCCGGACCUCACUUUUCCCUCUCAGGACGACCCUAGGCCGCCAGCAGUUCCCUACGGACGAAGGAGACUGUACAGCGUCCGUCGUGUUCGUGCCCACUUACCCGCCGCCCCACUCCCGGCCGCCGGCUCGCAGCAGGACCAGCCGGGCUGCUACGGCCGCGGAUACACGCCCUCAGGCCGGGCGCUGCGUAGCUUGCGGAAGCGUUCACAGACAGACUCGCUGCCAGCGGAUUGGCUGCGAGCAGCGCCAAUCUUACGUUCCCCCCCGGGCGAGACGGGACUAAGUGCCGCGCUCCUUGUACCCGCUCUGCCGCGCGCAUGUUGGGUGCGAGUGCGGGGUCGGGCCUGCGCUCCGGGUGAGACGCUGGCUGCUUGCCGCUGGUGGAUGGUAAUUGCCUGCCUCGCGCUAGCAGGAAGGUAGUGUGGUAUGACUAACGGGUAUUAUUUUCUCGAGGGCUUGAGGGCCCCCAUCCCCUUUACUCGUCCUGGUCCGGGCGCGAACGCUAUAGUGCAGCUAAGGGCGCUCCCCGCGGGCGGGAAGCGAAGCCGGGCUUGCAGGCGCGCACACGUGGAGCGCGUUCUCUGAGCUGAUCUGGGCUCGGGGUGUUCUGGCUUGGUCUUUGUUGCGGCCCAUUCCCAGACCCUUCUGGGUGCAGGACUUAAAAUUUGUUUUCCAGGCAGCAAAUUUAACCCAUGGCAACUGUAACUCAUCUUGUGAGGUUAGCGGUUUAUAGUAUUCUAUCCUGUGGCAUCAUACAAGGGGUGCAAGUUGAACUCUUUAAAGUUAAUCACGAUGUUUGCUCGUGGCCUUCUGGGUUUAUCCGUACGCCCAAGACAGGCACCUGUAUUACACAUACUGAGGAAAUGUGGAUACCAAAAACUGAUCCUGAGGAAAGUCUUGAUUAGAUUUUUUGGAAUCGCCUUUGAAAUGUAAUUUCCCUCACCUUGGCAGUGCGGAAAGUUUGUGAUCUUUAUUGCCUAAAUAGCUUUCAACAUUUUAAAAUUGACUUAAGAGAAUGUUCGCUAUGUAUAUGUAUCUUGAAUUUCUGUUGGCUUUGUGAAUUUGUUUUGGAUUUAGUCUGAUCUUUAAAUAAAUGAUUUCUUUGUGUUCUCUCUAAUG